AUGGUGUCAAGGAGGUGCAGGAUGGAGAUGGGAGAUUUCAUGGGACCUGGUCAGCAAGCUCUGAACCAGGUUGAACACCGAGGAGCUGUCAAGGUAUUUGGAAUUUCUUCAUUGGAAGGAGGAAGGGCUUUCAGGAUGGGGCAGAUAGUUAGAACAGCCUACCAGGAACAUGUUGGUGUUUUUCUACUUUCUUUUCAUCAUUAUAUUGAGUUCUGUUUUCAGCACUGUAUUGGUCAAGAUACCCAAGAAGUCUGUACAGUUUCUGUCACGAGUAUUAUACAGUUUUUUGUGUCAGCGUGGGUGAUCUUUAUGUCUCUUUUUGCCAAACACAUUCUCAUUUUCUAG